CCAUUUAAUUCUUUUCACUUCCGCUUUUAUCUCUCAUUCUCUCUCAUCUCCUCUCUCUCUCUCUCUUCGGCUCGCCUUCCGCUUACGUCGAAGCUAAAAGGUGUCUCCUCCUCCUCCUCCUCCUCUUAACGGCCACUUUAAACUGCCGUGGCUGGUACUCCGCGUGAAUUUUCGAAGGCCGACGACGAGUUUGUUUCCUGUCCGAUGCUUUGAUUGAGCUCACGGAGGUUUCAAUGAUGGCUAUUGAUGAUCAAAAGUCAACGUCCGAUGGAAAGGUUUGGGGUUUUUUGAAGCAAACGUUUCGGCAUUCCGCUAGUGGCGCUACUACUUCGUAUCGUACCUCUCAUCAGACUCAUCCGCCUGUGGAGAGGACAAAUCCUCACACCUCCGCCUCUGUCUCCUCCGUUGCUAGGUCGCUGCUUCCUACCCGGCGCCGGCUCAAGCUCGAUCCAUCGAAUAAGCUUUUCUUUCCUUAUGAACCUGGCAAGCAGGUCAGGAGUGCCAUUGGAAUAAAAAAUACAAGCAAAUCUUAUGUUGCAUUCAAGUUCCAAACCACUGCACCAAAAAGUUGCUUCAUGCGUCCUCCUGGUGCUAUUCUUGCCCCUGGAGAGAGCCUCAUAGCCACUGUGUUCAAGUUUGUUGAGGUUCCCGAAAACAACGAGAAACCCGUGGAUCAAAAGAACAACAGGGUUAAGUUUAAAAUUAUGAGCUUGAAGGUGAAAGGACAAAUGGAUUAUGUGCCUGAACUGUUUGAUGAGCAGAAGGACCAAGUGUCUAUAGAACAGAUACUGCGGGUUGUUUUCCUGGAUCCAGAGCGUCCUAAUGCUGCUUUAGAAAAAUUGAAGCGCCAAUUAGCGGAGGCCGAUGCUGCACUUGAGGCGCGCAAGAAACCAGCAGAAGAAACAGGUCCAAAAAUAAUUGGAGAAGGGCUGGUGAUAGAUGAAUGGAAAGAAAGGAGGGAAAGAUAUCUGGCGAAACAACAAGUUGAAGGCGUAGACUCUGUAUAGAUUUGGUUUCAGUUUUCCGGGUAUGCUUCUGUAAUUUGAAAGGGAUUUCCAAAUGAAUUCUAGCCUUAAAUAGUCGUGUUGUAAUCUUUUUGGUAUAUUAUCCAAAAUAUUGUUUAGGUGAAAGUGAGGUUAUUUUAUUUCCAUUGAAAGAAACCCAACCCCCCCGAGGUCAAGUCGUGUAAUUUGAGACACCCACUGGGAAAUUACUCUUUUAUAUGUAGAUAAAGAUAAUGUCAUUUCUUUCGUU